ACUCACACCCACUCCAUUUCUCAUCGACAUCCCCUCGCCGUCCGCCCCAUCCUCCUCCACCCCUCCGCCGUCCUCUCCCCCGUUUCCUCCUUCCUCAUGCCUUCCGACUCUCCCGCUGCUAACCGUGACUCUGCGUCCCCACACCAGUCUCGGUCGCCUUCGCCUGCUGGUCAAGACGUUCUUACUCUCAGAGCUCUUGUCAGCACCAAGGACGCCGGCGUCAUCAUCGGAAAGGCUGGCAAAAAUGUUGCCGACCUCCGUGACCAGACCGGCGUCAAGGCUGGCGUCAGCAAGGUCAUCCCUGGCGUACACGAGCGUGUCCUCACCGUCACCGGAGCUGUUGACAGCGUAGCCAAGGCCUACGCUCUCAUCAUCGCUCAGCUCGUGGAAGCCAACCCCGCUUCUCCUUCCGUCUCUUCCUCUUCCGGAUCCCACACCUCCAUCCGUCUCCUCAUCUCGCACAACCUCAUGGGCACCAUCAUCGGCCGCAACGGUCUCAAAAUCAAGGCCAUUCAAGAUGGAUCCGGUGCACGCAUGGUCGCUUCCAAGGACAUGCUCCCUCAGUCCACCGAACGUGUUGUCGAUGUCCAGGGCUCCCCCGAGUCCAUCGGCCGUGCCAUCGAGGAGAUUGGUCGCUGUCUGUUGGAGGACUGGGAAAGGGGUCUAGGCACAGUGCUCUACCAUCCCGGUGUCGCCGACGAGCGCUCCGGUGGCAGCAUGGGUGGUGCCGGCCGCCGCGCGCACAACUACUCCGGGAGUUACAGUGGCCGUCGGUCGAACGCCGGAGAGAUGAGCACUCGCGCCACCAGCCCCCCUUCGCCCGAAUCUCCCUCGCAGGCAGCCAACCUGCGCACCCAGAACAUCUCCAUCCCCUCUGACAUGGUCGGUUGUAUCAUCGGUCGCGGAGGCACCAAAAUUACCGAGAUUAGGCGUCUCUCCGGCUCAAAGAUCUCUAUCGCUAAGGCCCCCCACGACGAGACCGGAGAGAGGAUGUUCACUAUCGUCGGCACGCCGGAAGCGAACGAGAAGGCGCUCUUCUUGCUCUACAACCAGCUUGAGAGCGAGAAGGAGAGGCGUGUUGGGAAGGAACAGCAGCAGGACCAAGACGAGGACUAAGCGCCUCGUCGAAGGUCUAGGUCGGGCACAUCCCAUCACCUCCCCGUUUUCUUUUUUGGGCAUUCGUGUGUUUAUUAUUAGCCUCGUCUGAGAGGGUUCUCUGUCACGGGUUUGACCACUCGAAUUAGUGCUUGUCGCUAUCUACAUGUAUCGCUCCCUCUCUUCGUUGCUCCUGCACGCUUUCUAUUAUCUUCGCUGCGCCGCCCAAGGCAAGGCCUUGAUGGACUCUACUUUGCCCCUAUCCCAUGCCUCGACCUUCCCACCCCUUUCCCCUCCAAAUCCUUUCCCCUCCAAAUCCUUUCUUGAUCCUCAAAACCGAAAACCCCCUUUCAAUCCAUGUAUCUCCUCUUCCCUCGUAGAAGCCAUCGUAUGCGCUCCGAGUUGUCACCCAUGAGUACCUCGCUUCGCACCCUCUUGACCGGUCCCUGACACUUACCGACAUCUUGCUUGUCUCGACCCACUCGAAUCCCGAUCCCACCUCUCCUCUUUUUACUUUCGCCUCUUCCUUCUGAGUGUCAUCUCGUUGCCUCCCUGCCCUAUCUUGCCC